AUGGGGUUACCUGCGAGUAUCGCGGAUAUAUUCCGUGUCUUCGUCGAUGCGACGGCAGGCGCCUCUCUCCGUGACAUAAAGCUAUACACUUCGGUUCCACUUCAGGAUAUGGAGACAAUCGGAUUGGGCAGAUUGUGGCAAGCUGCAGGCGCAUCUCUUCGUUUGGUGGAGUUCGGUGUCUUUGCCAACGUCAAUCUUGACGCAGAAAAAUUGAAGAACACAGUGGAACAGCAUCUCAGCCUUGCGCAGAAUGUCAACCUCACCUCCCUCACGAUGGGGCUUAUGGUUGGCAAUGACCCGGACUACUCCUGGUUACCCGUAUUUCUCUCCCAGAUCACAUCUCGUGAAUUUCACGAGAUUAUAUUCAAUGUGUGGAUCCCGCCCCAAUUUCACGGCGAUCCAAACAUAGAAGGAAUAAUCCAGAGAGUCCUCGAUUUGAUUCAUUGCAAUCUCAUUGAGGAGACACUCUCCCUUACGAAGUUUGCCAAGUUGCAAUCAGUCACGUUCAAGAUCCCGAGAACAACUGAAGUCUGGAAGUGGGACGAAGCACUCUUGACUCGGUUGCCGAAGUUGCACACACGGAAUAUUCUGCAUUGUAGUGCGUAG